AUGUCGCACAGCAACGACAAGCCUCAUCACCACCAACAAGAAGCGGAGGACAGCAAUGAAGCUAUUUACUAUUCUUCAUCAACACCCACUGGUGCAAACUCAAACAAUUGUACCUCCAGCAAUUCCAAAGAGGUCUCUUCAUCCGAAAAGAAACCAAGUUCUUCCUCCUCUUCUACAAGCGUUCCAAUCAUCAAACAAGAUCCAGAGUCAGAAGACGACGAGGAUUAUGAAGACUAUGAAGAAAAUUCCGAAGAUAUUGAAGAAAUAGACAAUGAAAUAUUAGAACUUGCCAAGUUAGAAUCCAAACACGAUUUAUUCGAUCACAUGAUGAUGCAAUUUAUCAUGGGACAAGACGGAACAUUGAUCAAAACGAAUCAUGAUCCUUUUGCCUAUGACGAGGAUGAUGAUGGAAUCGGAGAGGAGAGUGAUGACGAGGAUGAUGAUUACUACGAUGUGGAUGAUGACGAUGAGGAUGAUUUCUUUGAUGCAGAAUUGGGAGAAGAGUUUUUCAACCAAAUGCUCAACAGUGUAAAUAAGCAAAAGUUUGAUCAUGUAUUGUCUCCGAUGAAAAAGACCUCGGGUUCCUCCUCAAAAAGUAAGAAUGUAGAUAUUCAACAAGUGGAUGAUGCUGUGGAACUAGAUUUAGUAACAGGAGGUGCUCGUGAAAUUAUGAAGCAAUUAGAGGAAGAUGAAUCCAUUGAAAAUGAUCAAGAUUUCCAAGAGGGUAUUUUCCCUACUUUUCAAAAUGACAAUUAUUCAUCCUUGAUUCAACAAGUUUCACUCUUUAUUUCGACCGAUAUUUGCAUGAGUGAAAACUCUGGAUACUAUAAUAUAUUUCAAAGUGCCAUGAAACGAUUUUACAUGGAUCUGAAGAGAUAUUUGCUCACUCAAAAAGUAAGAAAGGAAUCGAAUGAUCCUACGUUGCAAGUGUCCACAACAAUGACUAGUGAAGAUUUAAAGAUUCGGUGUUAUGAAGUUCAACCAAGUGUGAAUUAUCUCCAACAUGUUGUCACAAAUGCAUUCCAUCCAAAAUCUAGUCAACACAAAAGUGAAAAUAUUCUUGAAAAUAGUGAACUCAUUCGAGUAGCUAAGAAAGUGAUACAAUCUAAAAUUGAAAAGAAAGAAAAAUUAUCAAAGAUCAUGAAAGAUUUUGUAUGGACAGAAGAUUUCGAUACUAAUAGAACUUCAAUAUCUGGAGAAGAAGAAAUGGAAGAAUUUGAUGACGAUCCUAAUGAUCCAGAAUAUGAAUCAGUUGAUAAUCCUGAUGAAUUAGACAAGUUGAAGAGAUUCAAGACCAAUGGAGGUCACAUUAAAUUGUUAAAAAUUGGCAACUUUGUUCCAGCUGUGAAUUAUGAUGGACAAUAUCUAUUGAAAGCCUCACCACUCACAAAGAAGCUCUAUUACAAAUUUUUUACCUUUUUACCAAGAUAUUAUCCUCAUCCUAAAACAUUUUCUGAGAAACAAUAUUUGGAAAAUAUUUUAAUGACCUCGUCGGUAAAUGCAAAAACGUUCAAUACGGAGGUACUCAGAGAUUUUUCACGGUUCAAAAUCAGCCACAUGUUAUCUAUAGAGAUUGACUAUGAGGAUAUUAUUGGCAUUCAUUUGCAGAAAGUUCCCAUUUCCAAAUCCAUCCAAGAUCAUCCACUUGGCCUGUUGGUAUUAGAUCUGAAACAAAAACCAAAAUUUUACACAAAAAGGAUCUAUUGCACAGAAUUUGAAAGAAAUGAAUCUAGAGAAAGAACAGACUUUACCAAAAAUAAGCAAGCAUCUCAAUACAGCAAACAUUACAUUAUUGGAGACGACAGAGAGUUGAGACGAAUAUUAUCAGUCAUGAUACACAGUGACAAUAGUGGACGAUUAGCACAAAUAUACGAACAAGGGAUGCAAGACAUUAGUUUCCAAAACGAGCCAUCUUGGACUAUGGAAGAACAAAUUCCAAAGAAACGAGAGAACCAAGAAAUGGUCAUUCCUUUCAACCCUGAUUUACCUGAAGGAUUUUUAGUUUAUGAAGAUGAAGAAGAAGAAAUGAUGAACCACGCUAAUUAUGAUUCUGAAAUAGAUGAAUUUGAUUUCAGGAACAUUGAAACAGUGCAUCUUUAUGAUUAUCCUAACGCAUCAGAAGAAUAA